CAAUAACACUUGAUUUCCACUGGCUAUAGACAUCAAAGAUACGAUGAAGUACAAGAAGAAGCUGAUAGCAAUGUUUAUUACCGCCGUCGUCCUAACGAUUGUCAUUGCUGCGUGCGUCAUUUUCAUAAAACCAACAUGGAAGAAAGACAAGUUUUCACCAGAAAGCGCAAAUCUAACGUACAUAGGGUACUAUUCUUCUGACGAACCGUCUUCUUAUAGAAUUUGUGCAACGGAAGAAUGUGUCUUGUCUGCGGCUAGAAUCUUGAAAUACCUGGAUGUGAGGGAAGACCCCUGCGUGAAUUUUUACAAUUACGCUUGCGGCAAUUUUUUACAUUCCCAUUCGUUGCCGGAGGGAUGGAACUCUUUCGGCAAUGUGGAUCUCCUCGAAGAAGGAAUAGAUCUCAAGCUAAAAGGUAUAUUGGAAAAACCAGUCAAAGUGAAUGAAAGCAAGUCUUUGACGGACGCUAAACACGUGUAUAAGAACUGUAUGGAUAUUUCUUACAUCGAAGAAAAUGCUGUGGACGAUUUGAGUCAAAUUUUGUCUGGGAAGGGAGUUGGUGAUUGGCCUUUCCUCAACCCUGACUGGAACGACUGUAGGCUGGACGUGGAGUGGAGAAUGGCAAAGUUGAACUCAAUGGGGCUGGAUUCUCUGUUCCGACUUGAGACGAAGUUUCUCGGUGAAGACCAUCGUCUUUUUGCCAUACUGAGUGUAGCAGAUCCUCUGGUAUCUGAUAUCUGCUAUGAUGAUGAGGACAACGCUACAGUAGCACUGGAGAGGGCAGCCGAGCAUCGAGCAGUUUUGGAAUCGGUUCUGUCGUUACUGGAGGUGGAAAUGAAUAAUAUCACAGAACAAGAUAUAGACGAGCUCUUUGAGUUUGAUUUCAAUUUUUGUCGUGCCAGCAAGGUUUCAAGAACAGCAGCUGGUUCUAUCCAAGAUCUCAGCAUUUCGAACGUAACUCUGCUAACUUUGUCUGAUAUUGCGCCCCAGAUUAAUUGGUUUAGAUGGAGGAAUAUUGUAUUCUCAGAGCUACGUCUUAAUUUUCCACCUGACCAGCAACAUGUUUACGUAGACGGAGUAGAACAUAGCAUUGCAGCAGUCAACGACCUGUUACACAAUACUUCUUCGAAAGUUUUGGCCAACUACUUGACGUGGAAGUUUGUGUUUCACCAUCUGGGUUUCAUGGGCAAACCCUUCCGCCAAGUUCUGGAGAAUAAUUUCCAACUUCUGCCGCGGAAGACCCGGAAGUUUGUCAUCAAUCCUGAUCGGUGGUUGCCUCGGUGGAGACAAUGCGUGGUGUACAUCAAGAGACUGGUGCCCAUCGCGCUGCUUGGGGAAUACAACAAGAGCAUUGAUUUGGAUGUUCGAGAGAAAGAGAUGGAGAGAAUUGUUCCUUUAAUAGCGAACGAAUUUAGGAUGAUUUUGAAGGACACAAGAGAUCUACUGCAAAAUGAUCAAAUGAGAAGUGCGCAUAAAUUAGAUUUAAUCCAAUAUCCUCUUACCUACCCCAACAAGGAGAGGACGUUUUUUGAUGAGUAUUAUUCUGGCAUGGGGAAAUUGGGAGAUUCCUUCUUGGAGAACGGAUUGAAGUUAGCCACCAUGCGAAUGCGGAAGCUCAUGGAAGGUGUGUCUGAAGGCAGCACCAUUUUCGACAUGGAGCUAGCUCUACAAUUAAUUUACUCAGCUUUCAAUGCAGAUACCUACAGCUUCUUCAGUGGAAAUCAAGUGGUUGUUUCUCUUGGAGCCAUGCAAUCGUUUCCUAUAUCAUCAAAGCUACCGAGAUUUUUAACAAUGUCAACUUUUGGAUGGACAAUUGGACACGAACUGGCUCACGGUUUCGACCUUCUGGCUUUAGAUGGCAGCACACAAUUUAACUGGACAUGGUGGCCCAACUAUGUUAUGAAGUUCGCAAAAACUAAAGCAAACUGCUAUUUGGAGUUUUUCUCUUAUCCGAGGGUGAACAGUUUGAAAGAAGCCAUCAAAAGCACCACUUUAAACGAAGAUUUAUGUGACAGCCAGGGUAUAGACUUGGCUUUUAGAGCAUAUCUGAAGCAUUUAGCAAGUUAUGGAGAUGAUCCCGGGUUGCCAGGCCUUCCUUUUUCCAAUGAAAAACUAUUUUUCAUCAAUUAUGCUCAACAAUUUUGCGAAAUCCGCAAGUCUUUCGACUCCAAGCACAGUCCUGGUUAUCUGAGGGUCAAUCGCGUUCUACGAAACUUCCCUUCAUUCGCCGAAGCAUUCAAAUGCUCUCACGACAAGCCUAUGAACUCUCCAAAAUGUGAUAACUUGUGGUUAUGAAGAGAUGUUUCCUGUUAGAUGUCAAUGUGUGAUUUAUUUAUUUAACUAUAUAGGCCAUAGAGGUGUAAGGUGUUGUCUAU